ACCGUGGCGACGGCAGCGGCCCCUGGGCUGGAGGAGGAUGAUGAGGAGCGACGGAAGCGACGCGGGGGUACGCUGCUGCGCGGCGCCCGGUUUCGUGCCCGCGGCCGACUGCGCAGCCUGUCCGCGAGUCUGAGAUACUUACAGAGAGCUACAAUGGAAAAGUCCUGGAUGCUGUGGAACUUUGUUGAAAGAUGGCUAAUAGCCUUGGCUUCAUGGUCUUGGGCUCUCUGCCGUAUUUCUCUUUUACCUUUAAUAGUGACUUUUCAUCUGUAUGGAGGCAUUAUCUUACUUUUGUUAAUAUUCAUAUCAAUAGCAGGUAUUCUGUAUAAAUUCCAGGAUGUAUUGCUUUAUUUUCCAGAACAGCCAUCCUCUUCACGUCUUUAUGUUCCCAUGCCCACUGGCAUUCCACAUGAAAACAUUUUCAUCAGAACCAAAGAUGGAAUACGUCUGAAUCUUAUUUUGAUACGAUACACUGGAGACAAUUCACCCUAUUCCCCAACUAUAAUUUAUUUUCAUGGGAAUGCAGGCAACAUAGGUCACAGGUUGCCAAAUGCAUUACUUAUGUUGGUUAACCUCAAAGUUAACCUUUUGCUGGUUGAUUAUCGAGGAUAUGGAAAAAGUGAAGGAGAAGCAAGUGAAGAAGGACUCUACUUAGAUUCUGAAGCUGUGUUAGACUACGUGAUGACUAGACCUGACCUUGAUAAAACAAAAAUUUUUCUUUUUGGCCGUUCCUUGGGUGGAGCAGUGGCUAUUCAUUUGGCUUCUGAAAAUUCACAUAGGAUUUCAGCCAUUAUGGUGGAGAACACAUUUUUAAGCAUACCACAUAUGGCCAGCACUUUAUUUUCAUUCUUUCCGAUGCGUUACCUUCCUUUAUGGUGCUACAAAAAUAAAUUUUUGUCCUACAGAAAAAUCUCUCAGUGCAGAAUGCCUUCUCUUUUCAUCUCUGGACUCUCAGAUCAAUUAAUUCCACCAGUAAUGAUGAAACAACUUUAUGAACUCUCCCCAUCUCGGACUAAGAGAUUAGCCAUUUUUCCAGAUGGGACUCACAAUGACACAUGGCAGUGCCAAGGCUAUUUCACUGCACUUGAACAGUUCAUCAAAGAAGUCGUAAAGAGCCAUUCUCCUGAAGAAAUGGCAAAAACUUCAUCUAAUGUAACAAUUAUAUAAUGUUUCCCUUUUUGAUUAUUGCAUUGUAUUUUAAUUUGUGCAGAAUGAUAAAGAAUGUUCCUUUUAGAAGUGUGUUAUGUCUGUACCUGUCUGAAGAGUGACAUUAAACUUUGAAAGGACUUCACUGCUCCUUUACGAUAUUCCAAAUAGUUUUUUACAUUGGAAAAACUGUAAUUCUUGGGAUUCUUUCAUACAUUUUCAUCAAAACUUUCAGUGUGAUUAUGUAUUCAUAUCUUCAGUUUAAUAUGUCAGUAUAAUAGAUAUUGUUCAAAAGUUUCUUGUUGCUAAAGUGGUGUAAUCUGUUACACAGAUGAAUAGCUAGAUGUGGAAAGAGAUAUGUAAACAAGAAACCUUUGGGUAUUGUUUCUUAAGUAAAUAUUGGGACAAUCAUGGUAAGCAAACUUAGUUCUGUAACUGCAUUUUUCACCUUAAAAGUUAAAUGAAAUGCAUGAUGGUAUUUUAUUCCUUGAAUUAUGCAAUGCAACAUUUUACAUGUAAAUAGCACUGGUCAUAUACUGAUGUAUAUGGUUAUCUGGGUUAUAUCUAUUUUUAUGUAAACUCUAUUUUGUUUUUGGCAAGAAGUGAAAUUGAGACUUAUGUGCAGGUUGCCAUUGAAUUUUGCUCUGGUGAAUGCUGAGAUCCAGCUUUUUCUUACAAAUAAAUGGGACCCUGUUUUCCAAUACAAAUGUACCGUGUUUUUGUUAGGUACAGUCUGGAUCAUGGCAUGUAGAAAUAGAAAUUUAGAAUUUUACUGCAGCUUUGAUGUGCAUAUUUGAACUUUUUAACAUUUGUAACUUUGGUGGCAAAGAGAAUUUUAGCUUCUAUCGAUUUUGUAAGUCUUCAGCUGAACCACUAAUAGCAGUCAUAGUGAAGAUUAGCACUACUUAGAAUUAAAUUAGGAAGUCUUUUAUCAUUGCAGGAUUGUACAUACUACUUUAUAAAAAUUCUCACCUUUGAUUUUAAAUCCCAGUACCUAGUUAUAUCUAACCUAUCAAAGGCAAGAUAUCAUUUAUUGGACUUCUUGAAAAUAAAUUACAAAAUCCAACAACAACAACAACAACAAAACAAUGUUCUUGGUUUUAAUGUUCCAGUUGCUGUGAAAUAGAACUCCUACAAUCAAAAGACAGUUUUAGGAAGUCUUAUUUAUUGAUUUUAAAAGUUUUACAUGUAGGAGUGUGGGAAUGAAGGAAUUCUGGAGCUUUUUGACACAAAACCUAUUACCACAUUUAGCAGUUAAAUGGCUAUAGGUGGGAAGUAGGAUUUAGAUGUAUAGAAAAGUAAGAAAAUCUUACUUAGAAAAAAGCCCCUUGAAACUUGCAGGAUUUACUUAAUAAAAAUACACGCUAUGAGUCAUAAUUGUGCCAAGUUGUUUCAUGCAGUCCUCAAAAAUUAGAUGUAAUUGAGCUUUGUGUAAUAUUAUGUCAGCUUUAACAUAUAAUAUUUUGAAUAUUUUAGCUAUAUUUAGUGGCUUUCUGCAAGCAACUAGAACAGAGAAGUAAUGGGUCAAUAAUCUUGACCUCAAUUUAAAACUUUCAAUGGAGAUAGGGCUAGAAAUACUUUUGCCAAAUAGCAUUCUUAUUCACUUUAUGCCGGUAUUUAGAAAAAAUAAAUUAUAGCAAGUAUGAUUUCUAAGAAUAAUGUUUUUCUAUACAUUGCUAAUUGUAAAAAGUCUUGCUUUUUAAAACAAGUUGGUAAUGCAUAUCAUGGAAGGCAUAUUUUGUAUGUAUAAAUUCACCACAAUUAAAGAUUAUUCUUGUCAGUC